CUGGGUUAUUUGAGGGGUUUCUGUGCCAUCCCAACCUCCCACAUGUGCUGGGGUGGCUGCCCAGCCCUCAAAGCAAGCUUUUGCUCGCCUGGGCAUUGGCGCAAGGUCAGCAUCCCCUGGCAUGGAGGGAGCCUGCCCAGGGAAGCAUGAAGCAAGACAGGCUGUCUGGGGCUGUUCCCAGGGAUGCAUCUAGGAAUGUACUGGGUCACAUUGAAAGAUGUGACACUAACACUGCACUGUGGGUUCCCCCCAAGCCUCACAACCUCAUCAGCCACAUCUUCAAGCUGGAUCCUGUCGAGAUGAGCAUUCCUGGCUUAUCCCACGCCUUUGCUACAGUGACCUUCACUCCAGAACAAAAGGAGGACUACCAGUGCACUUUCACAGCUUCCCUUGUUAGCCCAAAAAGCAGCUCCAUGAAGAUGAAACCCCAACAGCUGACCUUCACUGCCAGUGGAGAGGGGCACGUGCCUCAGGUGACAGUCGAGUGCCCGGGCCUUCAGAGUAAGAGAGGAACCCCUGUGCUGCGCUUCAGGAGGCUCCUGCUGGGGGAUUCACAGACACUCCCCCUGGUCCUUCGUAACAAUGGCAUCAUACCCACAAAGUUUACAGUUCAUAUCAUGGACGACAAGGGAGUUUUCUUCCUGAAAAGCACGCAGUCUGCACUCCGUGCCUUCCACAUUGCAGACAUGGAAAAGGACUCCACUGGAAAAGCCAAGAAGCGUCCCGAGAAGCCUUACCUGCUCCUGGAACACGGGCAAUCAGCAGAGUUUGACGUGUUUUUCAAACCCACACUGGCCCAACGUCUGAAAGGGAAGAUCCGUGUGCCAGUGUCAGGCAACAGUGAGAUCGACAUAGAGCUGGUGGGUGAAGACCACAAUGAUGACUUCACCCUUGAUAACCUCCCUGGACUAGCAGAAGACAGCCAGGAGAGCAAUGCUGAGGGCAAUCUGGAGGACGACAUCAUUGAGGGUAAGAGAGGAGAGGCUGCCAAGGUGGGACACCUCCAGCCUGGCUGUGCCAAGAAUAUCAGAGUGACCUUGAAAUCCAAGGUCCCGGUCACCAUCAAAAGGCCCUCUGUGAACUGUAAGGUGACCAAGAUCAAAUACCAGCUGCCACCAGAGGAGGUUUACGACUGGGACGACAGAAUGCGCACUGAGAAGUGGGAGGAUACCACCGAGAGACUCCCGGGAGCCCGCUGGCCUUUGAAGCGGAGGGUGGUCAAGGCAGUCCCGGAACCACCUCACACCAUCAUGGAGAGGAGCAGCCACGAGGUCGAGCUUGUCCUCAGUGCUCAGGUUGACUACGCCGAGUUCAAACUGGACACGGUCGAGGUUCAGCUGAAGCAGACUGAGCUCUUCCAGACAGAGAUAAGCACUUUCCGGAUGUCCAAUACAGGGAAUGUAGCCCUGAAAUACUGCUGGGAGGAGAAUCUGGAGGAGGAAAUACCAUCAAAGAGUUCUGGGAGGCCGUUCUCGUCCACUCAGACACGUGAUUUCUUGUCCUCUACUGCUGAGGAUCUCUGGGGAAGGAAUCAUGCAAGGCUGGUGCAGCAGGCAUUGCUGCUCGAGUCAACUCAGCCCCAGCCAACUCAGCCCCAGCCAACUCAGCCCCAGCCAACUCAGCCCCAGCCAAGUCUGCGCCUUUCCAAGCAGCUGUGCCGCUCUUCGAAGGGCCUUAGCUCCUCCCCGGAAUUCUCUCCAAUUCCCGUCAAGGACCCACCACUGUUCUCCAUCGAGCCCCACUGUGGUACCAUCCCUGCUGGCCAGAAUCAGAUUUUCUGUGUGAAAUUCUUCCCGACGCAUGUGGGGGAAUUUAAGGCCGAAAUGCUGUGCAGGUAGGAAAUGUCCAUGUGCUUUCCAAUCCAUGCUCCUGGUGGGUAUCACAGGACGGGCCAUUGGGUGCACCCUCC